GGCCGGACGGCGUCCCACGGGACGUGCGCGACGAGGUGGGCGAAGAAACGGAGGCACAGAUUUAGCGUCUUUUAGCCUAUUUUUUUGCUAAAGGACAAGGAACGGCGCCGCGCCUCAAACAAGCCGCGCGCAAGAGCCGCGGACACACUGAGCACCUUUUCCAGCGCUCCUCAUACCGCAGCUGUCGUGGCCGCAGCGUCAGAGCCGCCGCUUUGUUGGCAAGCCUAAAAAACAAAUCAACUGUUGGAGCCACUCCCGCCUCGCGCGCGCGCCGGCAAAAGACAAAAAGAUAAUCAUGGACACAACCCCACCAGACCGCGAGUUCUGCGCACGCGGCGAGCAGCUCUACGUCGAGGCGCAGCUCGACCUCGCGUGCUGGCGGCGCAGCUACCCCCAGAUCGAGCACCUCAAGGCCGCCGUCGCGGACCGCGAGCUGGCCGUCGAUUCCAAUUCGCCGCUGGGCCUGCGCGUGGCCAUCGCGCAGGCGGCGCGCUUCCACCACGAAGGCGUGAGCUCGUCGCGCGAGUGCGUGCUCUGCCUCGAGAUGACGCUCAACAUCCUCACACACAUCCACGUCAAGCCCUGGAACGUGCACGCGAAGCGCGCGCUCGCGGAUUUGAGGAGGGCGGCCAUGCUCUUCGCCGAGGGCGAGGGCCCUCAGGCCUUCGAGCAGGCGCUCCAGCGGGCCUACGCGUCGCCCGCCGACCGCGGCCCGGACUCCUUCGACUACUGCGCGGAGCUGGCCCGCGCGGCCGCGCGGCUGCGCGCGGCCGACCCCUACGCGCGGCGCCGGGCGCUCGGCGACGGCGACGCGGCGACGGCCGCGCGCGCCGCGCUGGCCGGCGUCGAGCGCAUGCUGCUCGACAUCGAGAACCAGUACUGUCCCGAGCCCAAGUUCGCCAAGAUCAUCAGGGGCGACGCGGCGGCGGGCGCGGCGCCCGGCUUCGUCGAGGCCGCGGGCGCGGCGGCGCCCGAGCCCGCGUUCGCGCCGCAGCCGCCGCCGCCGCCGCGCUUCGCGCCGCCGCCGCCGGCGUUGCCGCCCCAGCCGCGCUUCCCGCCGGCGUCGCCCCGCGGCGCGCGCCGCCGCCGCCGCCGCCGCGCCGGUCGCCCGCCGCCGCCGCCGCCAGCGGCGGUCGCCCGCGGCGCCGCGGUCGCCCGCCGCCGCCGCCGCCGCCGCCGCCGCCGCGCGGCGACGCCGGACACGGGCGCGCGCGCGACGGCCGGCGGCGGCAGCCCCGCGGUCGUCCCGGCCGCUCGGACGACGACGACGAGAUCAGCGAGCCGGCGCCGGUCUCGGAGUCGCAGGCCGCGGCCGAGGACCUCACGGGCCUGCUGCCCGGCGCGCCCGUGCGCGGCAAGAACGCCAAGGGCUCGCGGAAGCGCCGGCGCUGGACGGCCGACGAGGAGACGGCCGUCAAGGACGGCUACCAGAUGUACGGCGACAAGUGGGCCAAGAUCCUGCGCGAGUUCUCCGUGCUCAGAAAGGGCGGCCGCACGAGCGCCGACGUCCGCGACAAGUUCCGCAACCUCGUGAAGAAGGACCCGGCGCUCGCCGGGCCGCCCAAGCGCGCGCCGGCCGACGGCCGCACCGACGACGAGGACGACGAGGACGAGGAGGAGGCGGCGGCGCCGGCGCCCGCGCCGAAGCGCCGCCGCUCGUCCGGCGGCGCCGCGCCGGCGCCGGCGCCGGCCGCCGCGCCGCCGCCGCCGGCCGCGGCGCCCGCGCCCGCCGCGCCGCCGGCGCCGCGCGUGCCGGCGGACGCGUGGGUCCCCGUCUGCGCCGAGUGGUGCCGCAAGCGCCUCGUGGCCGAGCCCGACGCCAAGGUGCACAUCUCGACGGUCCGCGACGCGUUCGCGUCGUCGACGGCGCUGCCGGCGGCGCACGCGGGCGCGCUGCGCGAGGCGUUCAAGCGCCCCAAGUCCAGGGAGUCCAAGGCGUUCAAGAAGACGCUCGAGGCGAUCGUCAAGGGCAACAUCAAGAACCAGGUCGUGAUCGACGGCAAGAACCAGGUGGGCAUCCUCCACUUCCGCCUCAAGGGCGACCACGUCGUGGACGACGACGAGGAGGUCCUCUCCGACGCCGGCGCGGCCGAGCCGGCCGCGGAGGAGGAGGAGGAAGAGGAAGAGGCGAGUGCCCUUUCCCCCUUCAUCCCUUGUAACUCCAUGCCACCUUCCUUUCGGUCCUGGACUCGUCCGUGCGUUUGCUCUGUGGUCGAGUCAGGGUUGCGCGGCGGCUGGUUGAGUGGACUACCUUCCUAUAGAGCCAAGCCUCAGCCUUUCUUACCCAAAACGGGAAAAAGAGAGAGAGAGAGCCACUUAUUGAACCCACCCCCAGGUAGUACGGACCCCGAGCGCUAG